AUGGCAAACAUUACGUUGUCCCCACUGUACCGCGCAGAUGGCUCUGCAAAAUACUCAAAAGCCGGCUACUCCGUGAUCGCUGCCGUCAGUGGUCCCAUUGAGGUGCAGAGAAGAGAUGAGUUGCCCGAAGAAGCAGCUGUUGACAUUGCGGUAAGGCCAGCUGCCGGUGUAGGUGGGUUACGAGAAAGGCAUCUCGAAUCCAUUAUUCAAAACACCCUCCGCCGUGUCAUACUAGUCUCAGCACACCCACGCAGUCUGAUCCAAUUCACGCUACAAAUCGUUACCAGCCCAGAAGAUGGCACUGUCACUGGCAAUCUGCCCCAAGCUGCUUCUAAUCUCCCAGUCCUACCCGCUCUCUUGCAGGCCUCGAUCUUGGCUCUGAUCUCGACCUCCAUACCCCUUUCGAUGACAUUGACAGCAACGCUCGUUGCUGUCAACUCAAAUGAUACACUGAUACCUGACCCCUCGGUGCAACAGAUAAAGCUGGCAUCUUCCAUUCAUGUCCUCGCAUUUUCGUCACAUGGGGAAUUACUGGUCGUAGAAAGCGAGGGUGACUUUACGAUGGACACGUGGGAAGAAGUCUACCAGAAAGCUAAGUUGAUCUGUCACGGAGAAGAGGAAUAUAAAGGCGAAAGCGAAAGCGAAGACAUGAGCAUGAACUCGGAAGAUGUCUCAAACCUGGAAAAUGUCCUGAAAGACGCCGUCGAAAGAAAGAUCGCCAAGUCGCAAAGAUGGAAGGAGAGUAUGGGCUGA